AUGCGAGCAGAGUACGAAGGAUAUAACAACGGUCACCUGGAAUGGAGCGAUUGUCCUUACAUGCAGUCCAACUCUAACAUCCACCACUGGGACUAUCAGUGCAAAGGCAACACCCAAGUCCGAGAGAUCGCGAAUGCUCUGUACUCCAAAGGCCGUGAGCGCUAUGAUUUGCAGGGAGGUAAAGGCUGCAGGUUCUGGAUCUAUGUUGCAGGCAAGGACUUCGCCGACCAGGGCAUUAUCACUGGCGCUGCACCUACUGAGAUAUGGGGCAAGGUACAGUUUCUGUAUCAUCAUACAAAUGCCCCAGAACAGACAGCAGUCGUUCAGGGCAAGUUCUAUUGA